UUCCGGAAAUGUUCCUACUCAGAAAGGCUCUCAAACACACGAACUUAUGGAUCGGUGAUAUUUUACGCAAUUCGGCGACAGCCCACCUGCGUCGCUUCUAUGGUUUGAACCCUUGUGAAGCAACUGAAGUAAUGUUGAAGGUUUUAUCAUAUUUAUUAUCAUAUUUAGCAUAUUUUCCGUGACAUUCACUGAAUUUGAAAACAAAAGUCAACACAAUAACAACAUUGGCUCGCUGAGUCGAUAAUCACAUAUCACCACAAUGGGCAAACGUUACUACUGCGAUUAUUGUGACAAGUCGUUUGCAGACAACCCACAGAAUAGAAAAAAGCAUAUGAAAGGCGUACAACACAUGAAAGUUGUAAAAGAUCACUAUGACCAGUUCAAAGACCCUGCCAUUAAGCUCAGAGAAGAAAGUGCAAAGAAACCAUGCAGGAAAUUCCAGAUGAAUGGUCAUUGUUCAUUUGGUUCUCUCUGCAUCUAUGGACAUUUAACACCAGAAGUUAAAGAAGCACUGGAAAGGGAAGUAGAGCAAUUAGAACAGCGUAAAUUACUAAAAAAAGUAGAUGAUGAUGAUGAAGAUAAUGAACCUUCUCUGGAGGACUGGUUGAAAAAGAGGUCAAAGAGAAAGAAAAAUGAAAACUCGACAGAAGAUGAGAGUCCACAUUCUGAAGCUGAUGAAAGUACUGUCACCCUUCCGCUUGAGCUCCAAGGAAUUGCCAAUCUUCCCCCUUCACUGCUGCCACCUCCACCGGGAGGAUAUGAAGUCAAUGAAUUAGCAGAAUGGGGGUGGUGA